UCAACUGCAGGGGAGAAGCAGGUAGCCUCCUUUCAGCUACAAACCAAGCCAAGCCUUUGCCCCCAAGUCAAGUUAACCCGUUCACCUUCCCAGUCAAAGUGACCACCCACGCACCCGUCCCGGUCAUGUCGUACACUAUCAACAGUAACUCGAACCAGCCUGGUCAACGAACUCCGCCCACAGCUCCCUUCUAUCCACGGUCCUCCUCCGACAUUUCCGAUCUGCAGUGGAAGACAGAGAAAGAGAAUGUGAAUGACAUGCCCCGUCUUGUACCGGAAGUACCACUAGUGAAGAAAGAGGUUGACGCAGGAAGUUUCACAGGAUUCAACCAUGUCAAUGAGACGCAGUUUAGUGACCCGUCUUCGCUGAGUCCCUUCAACAUGAGGCUCCAGAACCUAGCCAACUUCCCCGUCAACAACACAACGUACAGGUCUGCAUAUCGAGCACAGUCUGUAGCUGUCCAGAGAGCCAAGGCUUGCUCAAUCACAAGUGCUGCUAAAUCCCUCGACAUACUUCGACAGAACCUUCAGAGGAGCUUAAACAAGGAGCUAGAUGUUGUUGUGCAGAAUUACGUUGAGAAGUUCUUCAAACCUGCCGUAUCCAACAUUCGGCUGAACAACGGACAGAACUCAGUCAGUGAUGAUCACAUCCACGCUGUUUGUAGACAGAUGCUGGAAGAGGCAAAGAAGAUGUAUGUGAGCGAACCUCGACGAAGUGUUACCCCAGUCAGAGACGACACUGACACCGUGUCUGAGAAUGGCAGCAACAGUGGGCGGAGACCCUUGGGGAUUGGACGAAGGCGUCGCCCGUCUGACAGCAACUCGGAGGCAGGAAGUGACAUCAGCCAGCCCAAGAAGAAGAGGAAUGGACGGCCACCUCUUCAAUCAGGGAGAGGCACACCCAUGAAGUCUAUAAAACAAAAUGAACCAGUCCGGCGGGAGGGGCCAAAGUGGGAUCCGGACCGAAUUGUCUCAGAAACUAAAUUUGUGAUGGGAGCAAGAGCUAACAAAGCUCUAGGCCUGGGCGCAACUAGAGGACGUUUGUACAUCAAACACCCGGACAUAUUCAAGUACUCGGGUGACCAGGACGACAAGGCGUGGCUGUAUGAACACCACCUGAUGCCGGCCACGGGGGGCAAGGCCUACAUGUUGAUGGUGGAGGACAUACAGGAGCUGAGUCGGACAGACGAGUACAGGGACAGCCCCAAUCUGUUGAUGGAUGAACUGUAUGGGUUCACUGUGCCGGACUGGAUUCUCGCCAAGAUGAAGAUUCAGAUGAAUGCCAUGAGGACAGACGUCAGUCGGUCCAAGUUCCACCGCAGUCGCUCAGGAACGCCAACCGACAUGAGUGCUUACAGGGAAAUCGAGGAGGAACCUCCCAAGUCGCUUCCUUUCUCAAACUUCAGUGAUAACACCUCUACAUAUCCCAUGUCGAAGUCGGAUAUUCAGAUAUCCCCAUCAGCUGGUGACGAUAUGGAGUUCCUGUCAACUGCUGAUAACGACUCAGCCGGGCCCGAUCUCUCCCCCUUCAACGUCACGGGUGGGUUUGACGACACAAACUCACCAUCCCCAGAAGUCGACAAUUUAGAUGACCCGACCUUCGUCUUGAAGUAAUCAUCUACCACAGAAUUAACUUGAAUCAUUCUAUCCUAUAUUUUUGCAAUAGUGUUAACAUGUGCAAUUGUACCUUGCUUUGUAUGCUUUACCAAGUCUUGAAGACUUUGUGAGGAGAAUUUUACGGUAGUCCGACUUUCGUUGUACAAAUUCGAACAAAUAUUCUUGUGUGCCAUAUUUCUGUACAACCUGUUUCUGGUUACUGUUGAAAUUAUCAAAUUAUACAUUUUCAUUGGUAUAUUUGUCUGUCUGUCUUUUUAAGAUAUUUUCAUUUUUAACACUUGUUGUGUUUCCAACUGACUUACAUGAACGUGUAAGUGUUUGUUUCUUAUAAAAAAUCAAUGGGUUUGUUGUUUCUAAUUGAAUAGUGUCACGAUACAUGUUCAGUCUUGUUUCUAUACAAUGAAUUGAGAUUAUAAGCACAUGGAGAUAAUAUUGAAUGAUUUAAAUAUUAUACAUUUAAAUUUAAACAAGUUAUCCCAGUUCAAUGUUUAUGAAUUCAGUCAGUGAAUGAAGUGGACAGCAUGCCAUAUUUCCUCGACGUAUCACUUCUCUGAAUUAGGGUGUAGUGUAGGGUUGUAUUAUUCAUCAAGGUAAAUUAAAUGUAUUGCAGUUAUAAUUUCACAUGCACAGGUAUAUUUGAUAAUAACACACUAUUGACAGGUUGGAAGUAAGUUUUUAACAGUAUUUACCAAAGAAAACGAGGACCAAGUUUUGGAUCACCACAUUGUUCACUAACAUUUGAACAUUUACAUCAUAAUUUACUGCCAACAAGGGUAGACAAGUUGGUCCUAUCCUUUUUGUCUGUCUCAUCUUGCAAACUAGUUGCUAAUGUAAAAUAACUAGAUUCUGGGGAAAACACCAUUUCUCUUGAUUUUCACGAAGGCAGUCCUUGCUGCUUGAAA